CUCUUUGCUCAUCAACGCCGGGCUGUUCAUGUGAAUCCGCUUGUAGUUUCGUUGUUAUCGUAACGUCCUAGCUAGUCGGGUCGUCGGCUCCUAACUCGUGCUCGGAGGAAUUCACAGUUUGUAUCCAAUACCUCGGUCCAGAAACAGAAGGAAUGGAGGUCCAAGCUUCAAUAAACAACCCUCCACCAAAAAAUGGGCCGCAGCCAAAUCAAAGGAGGAAUAACAGAAGAAAGCUGCCGCAGCAUUCUGCUGAAAUAGUGUUCACCAAAGGCUCAUCUAUCCAGACCAUGCCCAGUCUCAUCAAAGUGUUGAAGGGAGUCACAGACUGCAUUGUUGGUCUUAACUAUGUUUGGGAGUACCGAAGCCCCAGUAAAUCUGUACCACCGCACUACCAGUGCAAACUUUGCGCCGUCUCCCGCUUGCAGCAUGAUAUGGUUGCCCACGUGAAAGGAUGGAAACAUAGUUUCAGAUACAUGAAAAAAGUCCACCCUGACAAGAUCACCUAUGAAGAGGAGGAGGGUGUCAAAGACCCAGCUGUGAGAAAGAAGAUCAAAGAAGCUGCAGCUGAGGUGGAGAAGACGGAGGGCAGGGGACAACUCAAAGUUAUUCUGAAGGAGCCCUGUGAAGUCAUUGCUUUCAAAGGACUUCGUUCUGCAGCUCCUAAAGUUGUACCUCCACUAGCACCAGUUAUGGGACUGAAGGGACCACCCCCCUUUGGUCCCAGGUUUUCUGACCAGAGGUUCCCUCCUCAGGGAGGUCUUCUUCCUGACUAUCCAGUAGGAGACUAUGGGGAGCCUGGCUUUGGAGGCUACUCAACCGGGCCAGAUUUCCUUGACUCUGGUAUGGAUCCAAGACCUUUCUCAGAUGGUAUGGGUCCACGCCAAGCUGGAGAUGGUUUUGGACCAGGUAGUGGAAGAGAUAGUUUUGGAAGGAGUGGCCUACUGGAGAGCCCACGAAGAAUGUAUCCUGAUGAGUACCAGGGCCCCCCAGUGGGGGGUGGCUUAAUGAACAGACCUGUAGACAAAGCACUGGAGAGGCCGGGCCUGAUGGGAGCAGCUCCAGAAAGUAGCGGCCUUCCUAAUAAACUACUUUCCUACCUGGACUCUUUCCGGAUAGAGAACGAGGAUGACGCACAGCUUGUGCUGAAAGUGACACAGAAACUAACAGAUGUGCUGAUGGAGUACAGACUGAGGAGCGUAUCAUCGGGUUCCAGUCUGAACAGCUUUUCAAUGAGCUCAAGUUUUUCUUCCACACCUUCAAGAUUGCCAAGCAGUGAUAGAUACUCCAGUAGUCUCUCAGGUCCUAGCAGGUUUUCUGAUGGUCCAUCCAGGUUUUACAAAUGAUGAUCAGGAGAUGUGACACCAUAAUCUUCUUAUACAUCUGUCCUUUAUGUGCAUAAGUUGACUGUCCAGGAGUUUAAACUUUCUGUAAAACCAUAUAAUUUUAGGCUUUUUUUUUUGUUGCCACCCAGUAUUUCUUUGGGGGGGGGCCUCUUUAGAGGUCUAUUAGUUUCAAAGGUUUUACAUAAAAUGCUUGUCCGUGUUCUCUGCAUCUUUAGAUGAUCGUUACAUUAGACCACUGUUAAUUACCCAUGGUCCAAUUCUAUUAAAGACAUUAAACUCGAGUGUUUUCCACA